CGUCGAGAGCCGGCGGCCCUGCGCUUCCAUCUUUGAGGAGCCGGAGCCCGCUGCGGACCAUGGGCGGCGUCCUGGGCCUCUGCUCCAUGGCGAGCUGGAUACCGUGCUUAUGUGGAAGUGCCCCAUGCCUGCUCUGCCGAUGCUGCCCCAGUGGAAACAACUCCACCAUAACUCGGCUGAUUUAUGCAUUCUUUUUACUUCUUGGCGUGAGUGUUGCCUGUGUGAUGUUAAUACCAGGCAUGGAAGAGCAGCUGAAGAAGAUUCCUGGAUUUUGUGAUGGAGGGAUGGGAACAACCAUUCCUGGUGUACACGGCCACGUGAAUUGCGAUGUACUAGUUGGUUACAAAGCUGUGUACCGUGUGUGCUUUGGUAUGGCCAUGUUCUUCCUUCUCUUCUCCUUAUUGAUGAUCAAAGUGAAGAGCAGCAACGACCCAAGAGCAGCUGUGCACAAUGGAUUCUGGUUCUUUAAAUUUGCAACAGCACUUGCAAUUAGUGUUGGAGCUUUCUUCAUUCCAGAGGGACCGUUUACAACUGUGUGGUUUUAUGUAGGUAUGGCUGGAGCGUUCUGCUUUAUUCUUAUUCAGCUGGUCUUGCUUAUUGACUUUGCCCACUCCUGGAAUGAAUCUUGGGUUGAAAAAAUGGAGGAGGGAAACUCAAGAUGCUGGUAUGCAGCUCUGCUGUCAGCUACAGCUGUCAAUUAUUUGCUGUCUCUAGUAGCUAUUGUCUUGUUUUAUGUUUAUUACACUCAUCCAGAAGGUUGUUCUGAAAACAAGACGUUCAUCAGUGUUAAUAUGCUGCUGUGUAUUGGUGCUUCUGUAAUGUCAAUUCUGCCGAAGAUUCAGGAAUCUCAGCCAAGAUCUGGUUUGCUGCAGUCUUCUGUGAUCACAAUUUACACAAUGUAUUUGACUUGGUCAGCUAUGACCAAUGAACCAGACAGGCGCUGUAACCCGAGUUUGCUGAGCAUCAUUGGUUACAACAGCACCACCAUUCCCACCCAAGGUCAGGUAGUUCAGUGGUGGGAUGCACAAGGAAUUGUAGGACUGGUUUUGUUUCUGCUCUGUGUUCUCUAUUCCAGCAUCCGGACAUCCAACAACAGCCAAGUUAACAAGCUGAUGCUGACCAGUGAUGAAUCAACACUGAUAGAGGAUGGAAUGCCCAGGAGUGACGGCUCCCUUGAUGAUGGAGAUGAUGUUCACCGAGCCAUAGAUAACGAGCGGGAUGGAGUUACUUACAGUUACUCCUUCUUUCAUUUCAUGCUUUUCCUGGCAUCACUGUAUAUAAUGAUGACGCUUACCAACUGGUACAGUCCGGAUUCUUCUUAUGAGACAAUGACCAGCAAAUGGCCAUCUGUCUGGGUGAAGAUAUCUUCCAGCUGGAUUGGCAUCGUGCUGUACGUGUGGACUCUGGUUGCUCCGCUGGUUCUUACAAACCGUGACUUUGACUAAGCUGUGCUGCUUUCUAGGGAGAUUGCGCUGGCCUCACUGUGUCUCGGAAACAAACAGUAUUCCAGAUAACAGUGCAGUUGUAAAUACGCGUGUGUGCGCGAUCCAUGUAGUAUACCCUGCUUUAUUCUGUGUGAUUACCUUGAAUCAUGUCUUCUGUCAUUUCACUAAAUGACUUUUUCUAGCUGAGCUCAGUGACAAUUGCUACAAUGAUGGUUUUCGUAGGAUUACUCCUAGCUUGAGUGCUUCAGAGGCAUUAGAUGUAAGAUCAAGACCUUUUUGAGGUAGGUUUUUUUCCCCCCUCAAUUGCAUUAAAUAGUUGUAGGAAAAAAGGUGCAAGUGUUAAUUAGGUUAACAAAACAGUAUUACAUCAGGCUUUGCAAGCAAAGGAGGGGCUGCCUUUCAUCCCUGUUGCCUUGAUUCCAGUCAGCCUUGAGUAAGCAUUGUUAGACUCAAAAUCAUGCAUGUUGGAGUUUGCUGGACAUCUUGCAGCACGUUGGC